AUGCCACUCUACUCUAAGUUUCUGAAAGAUAUGCUGACCAAGAAGGGCAAAUAUAUCCACAACGAUAAUAUUGUGGUGGAAGGAAACUGCAGUGCUGUGAUUCAAAGAAUCCUUCCACCUAAAUACAAGGAUCUAGGGAGUGUCACAAUCCCUUGCUCUAUUGGUGCAGUGUCAGUUGGAAAAGCUUUCAUUAAUUUGGGAGCUAGCAUUAAUUUGAUGUCGCUCUCCAUGUGCAGAAGAAUUGGAGAGCUGGAAAUUAUGCCAACAAGAAUGACAUUGUUGUUGGCAGAUCAUUCCAUUACAAGACCUUAUGGCGUGGUUGAAGAUGUUUUGGUCAAGGUGCGACAGUUCACUUUCCCUACAGACUUUGUGAUCAUGGACAUUGAAGAGGAUGCUGAAAUCCCUCUGAUUUUGGGUCGUCCCUUCAUGCUAACUGCCAAUUGUGUGGUGGAUAUGGGGAAAGGUAAUCUAGAAAUGGGAAUAGAUGAUUGGAAGAUCACAUUUGAUUUGUUUGAUGCAGAGAAACACUCACUUGACUGGAAUAUUUGUUGCAAGAUGGAUGAAGUAGAGAAUGAGAUGGUUCUGAUGGCCAAAGCCAAGCUUGCUCCAGACCCUUGA